GAGCAGAACCCUAGCGCUUCUCUAUAUUUUGUCACUCCAAAACCCUAGUCUGCAGCAGCGGCAGUCCCAUCCCCUCUUCUUCGUCUUCCACUCUUCCUCUAGGUAGGCUUUGUGUUCACGCAGCAAUAGCAAUGGCUCCGAAAGCAGCUGAAAAGAAACCUGACCCUAAGGCACAGGCUGCAAAAGCUGCCAAGGCUGUUAAAGGUACAACCUUCAAGAAGAAGACUAAGAAGAUCCGCACAAAGGUCACCUUCCACAGGCCCAGGACAUUGAAGAAGGACAGGAACCCAAAAUAUCCCCGGAUCAGUGCUCCACCAAGGAACAAGUUGGAUCAUUACCAAAUCCUCAAGUAUCCAUUGACCACUGAGUCGGCAAUGAAGAAGAUUGAGGAUAACAACACCUUGGUUUUUAUUGUUGAUAUCCGUGCUGAUAAGAAGAAGAUUAAGGAUGCUGUCAAGAAGAUGUAUGAGAUUCAGACCAAGAAAGUCAAUACUUUGAUCAGGCCUGAUGGCACGAAGAAGGCAUAUGUUCGGUUGACCCCGGACUUUGAUGCAUUGGAUGUUGCAAACAAGAUCGGCAUCAUCUAAGCGCAGUAUUAUGCUUUUGUCCAGAUAUUAUGUUGACAAUUUUGUUAUUGUUUGUUAUCAAUAGAUUUGAAUUGUUAUUCUGGCAUUCUCUUAAUGGUGUUUUAACUAGAGUUUAUAUCAAUUCCUGCUGUUUCCUACUGUCCAUGAGUUUCUAAGUGGCUUCUACUAAUAUGGUUUACAUUUGAUUCCUUUGAAA